GGUACUACAGCUCCCGAAGCGCCCCGGGGCACAGCACGCCCGCCCAGGGGGCGGCGCCGCGGAUUAAGAUGGCGGCGCUGCGGGAGCGGCUGUGAAGGGAGGGCGACUGGAUCCGGCGUGGCGGAAAAAGCUGAGGGUGAAAACGGAGAAACGGAGCUGUUCGCGUUCCGGAGGGACUCGAGUUGAUCAUGUCCGGCUUGUGAGAGUGAAACGCAUCCUGAAAACGCAAUGUCCCUGUUGUUCACUCGUUCCAAGUCAAUAGUUGCAGUGAAGAAGGAUAAAAGACACAUGGCUGAGGUAAAUGCUUCUCCACUCAAACAUUUUGUCACUGCAAAGAAGAAAAUCAAUGGCAUCUUUGAGCAGCUGGCUGCGUACAUCAAUGAGAGUUCCUCAUUCCUGGAGGAAACACACAAGAAUGCAGAGCUUGAUCCUGUCACCACAGAAGAGCAGGUACUGGAAGUCAAAGGCUACUUGUCAAAAGUCAGUGGCAUUAGUGAGGUGCUGGCAAGGCGACACAUGAAAGUGGCUUUUUUUGGAAGGACAAGCAAUGGAAAAAGCACUGUGAUAAAUGCCAUGCUAUGGGACAAAGUCCUUCCUUCAGGAAUUGGGCACACCACUAAUUGUUUCCUGCGUGUAGAAGGGACUGAUGGUCAUGAAGCUUUCCUACUUACUGAAGGCUCAGAGGAAAAGAAGAGUGUUAAGACAGUAAACCAGCUGGCUCAUGCCCUCCAUCAAGAUGAGCUUCUGAAUGCUGGCAGCCUAGUCAGCGUGAUGUGGCCCAAUUCCAAAUGUCCUCUCUUAAAGGAUGACCUGGUGCUCAUGGACAGCCCUGGCAUUGAUGUAACCACAGAGCUGGACAGUUGGAUCGACAAGUUCUGUCUAGAUGCUGAUGUAUUUGUUCUGGUGGCAAAUUCGGAAUCAACGUUGAUGCAAACUGAGAAACAGUUCUUUCACAAGGUGAAUGAACGUCUGUCUCGACCCAAUAUAUUUAUUUUGAAUAACCGCUGGGAUGCAUCUGCCUCUGAACCAGAGUACAUGGAAGAGGUGCGUCGGCAGCACAUGGAGCGCUGCACCAGUUUCCUGGUAGAUGAGCUGGGUGUGGUGGAUCGAGCACAGGCAGGGGAUCGAAUCUUCUUCGUGUCAGCAAAAGAAGUGCUGAAUGCCAGGAUUCAGAGGGCUCAAGGGAUGCCAGAAGGAGGUGGAGCAUUGGCAGAUGGUUUUCAAGUGAGAAUGUUUGAGUUUCAAAACUUUGAGAGAAGAUUUGAGGAAUGUAUCUCCCAGUCAGCAGUGAAAACAAAAUUUGAGCAGCAUACAGUGAGAGCAAAGCAGAUCGCAGAGGAUGUUCGUCUCAUCAUGGAUUCUGUGCAUGUUGCUGCCCAGGAACAGCGAGUUUACUGUCUGGAAAUGCGAGAGGAACGACAGGAACGUUUGGGUUUUAUUGACAAACAGCUGGAGCUCCUCACUCAAGACUACAAGCGGAAAAUCAAACAGAUCACAGAAGAAGUGGAGAGGCAGGUAUCCAAUGCAAUGGCAGAAGAAAUCAGGCGGCUUUCAGUGCUGGUAGAUGAAUACCAAGCAGAUUUCCAUCCUUCUCAAGUCGUUCUUAAAGUUUACAAGAACGAGCUCCAUAAACACAUUGAGGAAGGCCUGGGCCGUAACAUGUCAGAUCGUUGUUCCAAUGCAAUCACAGCUUCCCUGCAGACAAUGCAGCAAGAAAUGAUAGAUGGCUUAAAACCACUGCUCCCACUCUCCCUGCGAGGCCAGAUAGACAUGUUAAUUCCCCGGCAAUGCUUCACACUCAGCUAUGAUCUGAACUGUGAUAAGCUUUGUGCUGACUUCCAAGAAGACAUAGAAUUCCAUUUCUCUCUUGGAUGGACGAUGUUGGUGAACAGAUUUUUGGGACCAAAGAAUGGCCGGCGGGCCUUGAUGGGCUAUAAUGACCAGAUUCAACGCCCUUUAACACCAGCAAAUCCCAGUCUGCCUCCUUUGCCUCAGGGUUCUAUGACCCAGGAAGAACUCAUGGUGUCGAUGGUCACUGGACUGGCCUCGUUAACUUCCCGAACUUCCAUGGGGAUCAUCGUGGUUGGUGGCGUGGUUUGGAAGGCUGUGGGCUGGAGGCUGAUUGCUCUCUCGUUUGGUCUUUAUGGGCUGCUUUACGUGUAUGAACGCCUCACCUGGACCACAAAAGCGAAGGAGAGAGCUUUCAAACGGCAGUUUGUAGAAUAUGCUGGAGAGAAACUGCAGCUUAUUGUCAGCUAUACAGGAUCUAAUUGCAGCCACCAAGUCCAACAAGAGCUUGCUGGAACGUUUGCUCAGUUAUGUCAGCAAGUGGAUGUUACACGGGAGAAUCUUGAGCAGGAAAUUUCUGCCAUGAAUAAGAAAAUUGAAGUUUUGGAUUCACUGCAGAGCAAAGCAAAAUUGCUGAGGAAUAAGGCGGGUUGGCUCGAUAGUGAACUUAACAUGUUCACACAUCAGUACCUGCAGCAAAGCAGAUAGUGUGGGAAGAGGAGAAAAACAACGCUGUUUCCCUUCAGUGCUCCUUCAGUUACUGCAGAGAAUAUGGUGGGUGAUGGAAUCCCUAAAGGGAAUGAGCAAAAGGCUCCUGCCAGUUUCCAGUUGCUGUGUGAACAGUAGGAUUCAGCAUCCUUGUUUUGUGUCCCACCUUUCAACACUAGCUGUUGCAGCUCUUCUUUUCCUGCUUAGGAGAACAAGCUACGUUGGAAGGAAUGUGUGCUUUGUACAUUUACAGGAGGCUUCUAAAAUCAAAAUGAAGUACAGUAACAGUGAAUUCUAUAAACAAGUGUUCAUCAGUUUAAAAGUUACUCUAACACAUCGUUUUUUAUGGAGUCACUCAUCUUACUACAUGAAGGUGGAGCUUUUGGCUUCAAAGCCCCAAGUUUAUGUAUGUGACAAGCAGCUGUUUUUCUAAACAGCAAUCUUAUGCACACAGUUAGAACAGUUUCACAGCUCUUUCGUAGCCUGUGCAAACCUAUCUCCUAGCUUCUUCUUCUGUUAUUGUACAACAUGGCAGAGAUCUGCUGCACUGUUUAUUUUCAUGGACAGGUUUAUUUUUGUCAGCACGUUUAAACCUGUGAACAAAACUUAGUUCUCUUCCAGAGCAAAAGGGACUAAGAUUUUUGCUUUGGUACCUUUAUUGUCUUCUGAGUUAAUUUCUUCCUCUUCAGAGCUCUUCAGUAAUGCAGUCUGGCUCAUUUCACAUUGUAGGCAGCUAAUUUGCAAAGCCAUAGCAAGCUGCUAUGAAGGAAGUGGUGAUGAUAAUUAACAGUUUGUUGAAGAAGGAAAUCAGGAAUGAAAAGAUGAAUCAGUUGACAGGUUGCCUUGUGAGACAGGCUGAUGAAUGUGGGGUUUGGUAAUUGCACAGCAGUGUUUCUGGAAGCAGGCCUUUGGAAUUCCAUUACCAUUAGCUGGCCAUGAGGGCAGCACAGGGAUCACACGCUGUAAGAGAUUUCACUUCAUGUAGAGUUCCCAUAGGAUGAUCCAAGUCCAUGCAGUAAUGAGAUUUGUUUCUGUUAAAAGUGUGAGGAUGAUGAUAGAGACCUAUCCUUCCUAUUUAAUGCUGGGGUAAGAAUGGGUUAAGUCAUUUUUUUCUUUUCCCAGAUGUCUUUUACUUACAAAUAGAUGAAAUUAAUUGAGUUUUGCCCUGAAACAAUUCUAAAUUUUGAUUAUGAGACUUGGGCAUUGUGAGGACUGGAGCCUCUUCUUUCUGGAAUUGAUAGCAGAAGAAUUCCCACUGAUUUCAGUAAUAGCAGGAUCAGGUUCCUGAGCUGCAAGACUGAUUUUCCACUUGGUGGAUAUGUACUUUACCACGUUUUGGGAAUGAUCUUUAUAUAGCCCACAAAAUGUCUCUCCAUAAUCCAGAAUUAAUCCUGCAUUUCUGGGGUUAGGGUCAACCUAAAUCUGUUCAGAAUCAAACAUUGGAGAAUAUGAAUUAUAUGUGAGCAAGUGACAGCUGAAUUUGGGAGUACUAAGGUGCUUCUUUUUUGUUCUAUUAUACAACAGAGAGAUUUUUCACUUGAAAAUGAAAUUUGCUAGCCUUGAUUCCUCAUUCAUGCUCAGGUAUGAAUAUAUGUGCCUGUGACACGUUCUCUGCUUCAUGUGAGGCUCCAGAAAGAAGUUGCCUGACACUCAAGGAAAGAAUAGUGAAGUGGCAGUAAGUACUUCAGGCUGUGUUAAGAUUUGCAGUAAGGCUUGAAUUAUCUUGGUUACGUUGGAGCUGGCAGAUUCUCAUUGUGACCCUGAAAAGCAAGAAGCAUACGCAGCUUUCACUUUCAGAGGACAGCUCUGAAUUCAGCCCAAACCAGGAAGCUAUUUUCAUCAGAGAGCACUUCAUUGGCUGUGUUCAGUUUCCUCAGGGAGCCACCAGUACACAACUGUGGUUUGGACCAGAACUGAGAAUGGCUGAGAGAGAAAUGUGAGUCCUUGCCCUUGGUGUUGUGUUCUCUGGGCUUGUAGUGAAGUAUGCUGGAGCAAGUGGCACUGUGGGCUGUUACUCUGAAUUCACACAAUACCUACAGCGGAGCUCUUUGUCUCCCAGGCUAUUACAUACAUAUUUAUAACAAGCAGUGUACAGUGCUGAGUUAACACAUGAAGCAGAUCCCUGGUAGAACAGGAAACUGCCAGUUCCAGGCAGAAGGAGAUGAUGCAUUGGUCAGCAACUCUUGACUACCUGAAAUACCGACCUCGCCCUUGGAGACGUGCUGCUAGAUCUCAGCAGGCCUUAGAGGAAGUUGAUCAGUGAGCUGAUCUUCAGAGCUGGGGUCAGAUUUGUGAAGGCAAAGAGAUCGGUGUGUUCUCAGAACGCGGUGUCUUGGCAGUGCGUGUUUGUGGCGCUGCUCAGAUGUUGGUGAUGGAGGUGCUCUCACUGUAGUGUUAACAGAUGGAACGGAGGAAAGAACUGCCUGGAUUUUGUAAGAAGUAAAACUGCUAACGUGGGAGAUAAUUGUUGUUCAAGUGCAUCUGUAACCCUGUCAAUAGCAGCUGGUUGAUCACAAAUCAGACUUCUAACAGAAAGACCUUCCAACACAGUACUUCUUUAAUUCAGAUUGGUGGAGGAAUGAACACUAUUAGCAAGAAGGUUAUCUUCUGCUUUUCUUUAGAAAUAAUAAACUAAUCCUGGGAAUUUAGGUACUUCUAAAAGCAGUCUUCCCCAAGCUCUUAUUUAAGGGCGACAGCUCAGUGCACUUUAUCUUGUUGCUGCUAUGUACCUUCAUUGUGUUAUGUUGAUGGAGCUCUUCGAAAUACUCUUACCAGUGAGUUUUCUCUCUGCUGUAUUUAAGGUGAUAAAUUUGCAUGAAUUAUUCCUGUAUAAAUGCUGUAAAAGCAGUGGAAACCAAAAUAAAAAUGAAUUGGAAAAAGUA